CACCACGAGACCUUCCAUUCCGACGUUCACGAGCCAACGUCAGACACCCAUUGCACCUGACACGCCUUUGUCGGUUCGGUACAGUUCGGAAACAAUGGCCAUGGAAAUUGUCAAGCACGGCGAGGAGGAGGAGUUCGCCAUCAAGCCUCAGUCCUCUGUCCCUCACCUGGACACGAGCAGCUGGCCUCUGUUGCUCAAGAACUACGACAAGCUUCUCGUCCGGACGGGUCACUUCACCCCCAUCCCGGCAGGAUGCAGCCCUCUGAAGAGAGACAUCAAGUCGUACAUCUCUUCCGGUGUCAUCAACCUUGACAAGCCCUCCAACCCCAGUUCCCACGAGGUCGUCGCUUGGGUCAAGCGUAUCCUUCGCGUUGAGAAGACCGGUCACAGCGGUACCCUUGAUCCCAAGGUCACUGGUUGCUUGAUUGUUUGCGUCGACCGUGCCACCAGACUCGUCAAGUCCCAGCAGUCUGCUGGUAAGGAGUAUGUUGCCGUCAUCCGCCUUCACGACAAGCUGCCCGGCGGCAAGGUCCAGUUCGCCCGCGCUCUCGAGACUUUGACUGGUGCCCUCUUCCAGCGCCCUCCUUUGAUCUCUGCCGUCAAGCGUCAGCUGCGUAUCCGUACCAUUCACGAGAGCAAGCUCAUCGAGUUCGACAAUGAUCGCCACCUCGGUGUCUUCUGGGUUUCUUGCGAAGCUGGAACCUACAUCCGUACCCUCUGCGUCCAUCUCGGUCUGUUGUUGGGUGUUGGUGGCCACAUGCAGGAGCUCCGCAGAGUGCGCUCUGGUGCCAUGGGCGAGAGCAAGGAGAUGGUUACUCUGCACGAUGUGCUUGAUGCUCAGUGGACCAUGGACAACACCAGGGAUGAGUCUUACCUGCGCAAGGUCAUCUCUCCCCUGGAGACUCUCCUCACUAGCUACAAGCGUAUUGUGGUCAAGGACAGCGCUGUCAACGCUGUCUGCUACGGUGCUAAACUUAUGCUUCCCGGUCUUCUGAGAUACGAGUCCGAAAUUGAGGUUCACGAUGAGGUUGUUCUCAUGACCACCAAGGGUGAGGCCAUCGCCCUCGGCAUUGCCCAGAUGUCCACCGUCGAGAUGUCGACAUGCGAUCACGGCGUUGUUGCCAAGGUCAAGAGAUGCAUCAUGGAGCGCGACCUGUACCCCAGAAGAUGGGGCCUCGGUCCCCUCGCCUCGGAGAAGAAGAAGAUGAAGGCCGAUGGCAAGCUCGACAAGUACGGCCGCCCCAACGAGGCCACUCCCGCCAAGUGGGUGUCGGAGUACAAGGACUUCGGAGCUCCUGCUGGUGAGGCUCCUGCUGCAUCGGCGGCUCCGGCCACUCCCCAAAAGGCGGUGGAGUCUACGACAGCUACUCCCGUCGCAGUCACCCCUGCCAACGCCGAGGAUGAUGGCGAGUCCAAGAAACGCAAGAAGCACGAGGGCGAGACACCCGACGAGAAGGCGGAGCGCAAGCGUCGGAAGGCUGAGAAGAAGGCGGCCAAGGCCGCGAAGAAGGCAGCCAAGGGUGGUGCUGACGACGAUGACGACAGCGAGUAAGCUCCUGCGAGUUUCCUCACCUCGAUUGGCUAAGAUACCAUGUGUUUGUUGGCAAUGGUCGGUGGUUGGCUGUUGUAUCAUAAAAAAAUGGCUUUGGCAAGUGGCGUUUGGCUCUGAAUUUCUCUCUCUCUCUCUCUCUCUGAACAUAGUGCGGGACUGGCUGGAUAGGAGUAGAUAGGUCC